ACAUGAUGCCUGAAUUGAAUUUUAAUUCUUCUGAUUUUCCUAACACGUGGAAAGAUGACAUUCGUAUGAAUCUUUUGUUUGCUCCUUUUCGUGAAAGAUUUAUAAAUCCAGAAGGUUGGGAUGGGAAAAUGAAUUUUUGGACGACUACCAUACAAGAACUUUGCAUUAAAAGUCAAUCACCUUUAAUAUCUCAAGUUUUCUUAUGUGCUGCAUUACACAGAAAAGGGAAACAACCGCAAUGUCUCGAUGUUGUUCUGGAUAAUAUGUUCAGGCAAGGACUCAUUUUUAGUGUUGAUGAAUUUAACAAAGCAGCGAAUCUGAACCAAGGAUGGCUUCGUUGGGGCUUGAACGUUCUUGUUCAAAAACCUGUUGUCUGGGGUUUUUUUUCUGUUCAAAGCUUACUGAGUUGGUCUGACCUUGCUGCUAAGCUUUUAAAACGAUAUAGAGAUUUAGUUGAUACAAAAUGGACUGAUACUGCUGUUUUCCUUGAUACUUUUCGGGAGGAAUGUGAGGAUAUCUGUCCAAUGCAAAGCUUCAAUUUAGCCUUAAUUCAGUCACAAAAUGAUAGAAAUGCUGUAGUCUUUGAACAAGAUGGAAAAAAGGUAAUAAAAUUUAAAAAAGUAGAUGAGAAGAAAGUGUUACCUCUCUCUCAAGUGGAUAAAGGAAUAUUGAGCCUUAAAAGUGCCAAAGACACUCUUAUAAAUGACGUUGAUGAAUUGGAAGAGAAAAUUUUAAGUUGCACAAAUUCUAUAAAACAGCUUCUUAAAAAUGGAUACAAAAAUAAAUCUAUGAUGAUGUUGAAAAGAAAGAAGCGUCUUGAAAUUAUUCUUGAGAAAAAGACAACUGCUCUGGAUAACAUAGAGAGCUUGUUGUACCGUUUGAGGAAUACAGGAUCUGAAAAAUUAGUAUUGGAAGCCUAUAAAACAGGUGUUCAAGCAAUGAAAGGAACUAUUUCUGGUGAACUAAAUCUUGAUAAUGUAGAUCAGGUUAUGUCCGAUGUCGAAGAGGUAUUAGACGACUAUAGAGAGGUUCAAGCUACCCUUUCCAAACCUGUGGAGGAAGAUAAUUUAGAGGAAUAUGAAGAUGAGUUGAAAGAACUUUUAUCCAUGGAAGUUAAAAACUCAUCCCAAGUCAUGACAUCGGACGAAGAUUUAAUGAGGCGUUUAGUUGCUCUUCGAGCGCCACCUGAAGUGUCACCUCCUACAAAGAAAUCCACCAAAAGCAAAGGCAUUAGAGUCCCGGACAAUUUGCUGUGAAGGAUGCAUUUACAAACAAUGUAUAUAAAUAUGUCACUGAUUGAAUCUUUUUUAAGCAUUUAAAACCAUUUCAUUUGAAUGAGUGUGUGUGUUACUUGUAUCAGCAUGUAAAUAUGUAAUAAAUUUGUAUUUUAAAUGAGAAA